CCCUUAACAUCUGAAGAAACUUCCCCAGAACCCACCGCCCGGCUCUCAAGCUCUCUAGAAUCCCUGGCGAGCCUGAACCUGACCAACAGCCCUGAGUGCAGCAGUUCUGAGAGUGUCCACACAGUCUCCUAUAGGUGCAAGCAGCAGGGGGUCCCCUACAAGCUGAUCCUGGAGAAAAACCUCACACCUCCCGUGUCUUACAAACCCAAGAUUUUGGACCCGAAUUGGACGUUGCUAAAGAAUGAGGUGAAGAGGCAGCAUCUGAUGUCAGAGAUACUGCAGAAGGUUCAGAUAAAGAAGAAACGCUCAUUGUUCCUGACUUCCAAGUUACGAAACCCAUCCUUCACCAAGGAGUGGUGCUCCCACAGCCGUAACUCUAGCAGGAAGAAAGAGAUGGGUGUGUCCUCCGUCCUCCUCCUGCGGGGUUCUCGUAGAAAUGCUGCAUCUCUGAAUGACCUUCUGGUGAUUGCCACUCAGGCCCGUCUGGAUCCUCGGCCUAGCAGAGGCCAUUCAGGUACCACAAGGGACCUAGGCACUACGAUUGACCCAGGCACUACAAGCGACCGGGCACACAGGACCCGAAGCACACUGCCACUGUCUGAUCUCUUGUCAGAAAGGAUGUGAGAGCUUAGAAUCAGACUGGAUCUUUGCCGUUUUUCCUUUCUAGCUCUUAUUCCAGGAAAUGAUUUGUGUCUCCAGAAUGGACUGGAAGUUUCAUUUUCUCAUCUAGAAAUUCUGGUCUGCUAAAUGGUCUCAUUGGCACCUGUGAGGACAGCGACCUUCCAUGCCCUCCUGUUACCUCACAGUGCUGUGUAUGGAACCAGGACUUCUAGGGAUAGAGUGCUGCUUCCCUAGGACAGUUGCCUCAGCCGUGGUGCUCCUCUGAGUCUCUCUCAGGAUGGCCACUGUUGUCCAGAACAGUCCCCCAGGCUAAGCAACUUGAGGGAGGAGUGAGGGGAGGACUCAUAAUUUCCAGGAGUCCAGAGCCCUCAUUCCACCUGCUGGCCUGUGACGGUCUACCCUUCUUUCUCAAAACAAAGGCAGAGCUAGGACUAAGCGUGGUGGAAUUCCAAGUCUUGAUUAAAAGAAUCAGGACAGUUGCAAAUUCACCAGCAAAAGCGAUCCUCUCCACUCCAGCCAGUCCAAAGGCCUGCCACCUCAGUUCCCAGACUGCCUCUUGCUGCUACUCUCCCCCUUCAGUCUUGCUGGCAAAGACAGGUAGUGUGAGAGUACCCAGCCUGCAGGCGUUUCUUCCACUGACCUGCAGAAAUUAUAUGUCUUCAUGUAUACAUUAAUAAAAUAAAUUGCCAUGCUCA